AUGUCGGACAUUCCUAUCGAUUUCACUCAAUUGGCUCAGUUGACCCAAUUGGGUAUUCAACAGCAGUCGCUUGAUUUCAAGUCCACCACUCUUGAGUCUGAUCGCUACAUCUGUGUUCGUGAAAGCACUCAACAAGGUAACACUGUUGCCAUCAUUGAUGCUCAGAACAACUUUGAGUUGACCAGAAAGAACAUGACCGCCGACAAUGCAAUUAUGCACCCUACUGAAAAUGUGAUUGCUUUGAGAGCCAAUGGCACUGCUUUGCAGGUGUUCAACUUGGGAUCGAAACAAAGAUUGAAGUCUCACACGCUAGAGCAGCCAGUUGUUCUUUGGAAAUGGUUGACCAAUGAGGUUUUGGGUCUUGUUACCGCCUCUACCAUUUACACGUGGAACAUCUUUGAUGGUACCAACGAUGGACCUGUUAAGCUUACUGACAGACACCACACCCUCAACAGCUGCCAGAUCAUAAACUUUGUGGCCGAGCCCGACCUAAAUUGGUUUGCUGUUACCGGUAUCGCUCAGGAAGACGGCAGAAUUGCUGGUCACAUUCAGUUGUUCUCCAAGUCUAGAGGCGUUUCGCAAGCCAUUGAGGGUCAUGUCUCUCGUUUUGCUCAAAUCACUCUCUCUGGAGCUGCUCACCCUACCAAGGUCUUCUGUAUCGGUAACAAGACCGCCUCUGGCCAGGGUAACUUGCACAUCAUUGAAAUUGACCAUGUUGAAGGCAACCCAUCUUUCCCCAAGAAGACUGCGGAAGUCUUUUUCCCUCCAGAUGCUACCAAUGACUUCCCAAUCUCCUUGCAGACCUCCAACAAGUACGGUAUCAUCUACAUUUUGACCAAGUACGGUUUCAUCCAUUUGUAUGAUAUUGAGACUGGAACUCAGUUAUAUGUCAACAGAAUUACUGCUGAGCCUGUCUUCACCGCCGCUCCCUACAACGACGGUACAGGUCUUGUUACCAUCAACAAGUCCGGUCAGGUUUUGGCCAUUGAAGUUUCGAGAGACAAGAUCAUUCCCUACAUCUUAAACAACUUGUCUGACGUCUCUUUGGCCUUGUCCCUCUCUUCUCGUGGUGGUUUCCCUGGUGCCGAAAACUUGUUCCAACAACAGUUCCAGAGCUACUUGAGCCAAGGUGACUACACCAACGCCGCCAAGGUUGCUGCCUCCUCCGAACAGUUAAGAACUCAAGACACUAUCAACAGAUUGAAGAACAUUACUCCUCAGCCAGGUCAGAUCUCUCCUAUCUUGCAAUACUUCUCCACUUUGUUGGACAGAGGUACCCUUAACAAGUACGAAUCCAUUGAGCUUGCUAAGCCAGUCUUGCAACAGGACCGUAAGCCAUUGUUCGAGAAGUGGUUGAAGGAAGACAAAUUGAACUCCAGUGAAGAAUUGGGUGACAUUGUCAAGUCCUACGAUACCGCUUUGGCUUUGGCCGUUUACGUUCGUGCUAACGUUAACAUCAAGGUUGUUUCCUCUUUGGCCGAGUUGGGUCAGUUCGAGAAGAUUCUUCCUUACUGUCAAAAGGUCGGCUACAACCCUGACUACACCAACUUGAUCCAGAACUUGGUGCGUGUCAGCCCAGACAAGGCCAGCGAGUUUGCUGUUUCUUUAUUGGCUAACGGAGAUGCCAACUUGAACAUCGAGAACAUCGCCGACUUGUUCUUCUCCCAGAAUUAUAUUCAGCAGGGUACAGCAUUCUUGUUGGAUGCUCUUAAAAGUGACACUCCUUCCGAAGGUCACUUGCAAACUAAGGUCUUGGAGACAAACUUGUUACAUGCUCCUCAGGUUGCUGAUGCCAUCUUGGGCAACCAAAUGUUCAGUCAUUACGACAAGCCAAGCAUUGGUAAGUUGUGUGAGAAGUCUGGUUUGUUCCAGAGAGCUUUGGAGCACUACGACGAUUUGAAGGAUAUUAAGAGAGUCAUCAUCCACACCAACGUUUUGCCAGCUGACUGGUUGGUCUCAUACUUUGGUCAAUUGAAUGUCCAGCAAUCUAUGGCUUGUUUGAAUGAGUUGAUGACCAACAACUUGCAACAGAACUUGCAGAUUGUGAUCCAGGUUGCUACCAAGUAUUCUGACCUUCUUGGUCCACUCAACUUGAUCAAGCUUUUCGAGACUUACAAGUCUAACGAGGGUAAGUACUACUACUUGAGCUCCAUUGUCAACUUGACUCAAGACCCAGAUGUGGUUUACAAGUACAUUGAAGCUGCCAGCAAGUUGAACCAAACCAAGGAGAUUGAGAGAGUUGUCAGAGACAACAACGUCUACAACGGUGAGAAGGUUAAAAACUUCUUGAAGGAAGCCAACUUGGAAGACCAAUUGCCUUUGAUUAUUGUUUGCGACAGAUUCAACUUCGUCCACGACUUGAUCUUGUACUUGUACAAGAACAAGUACUUCAAGUUUAUUGAAGUCUACGUUCAGCAAGUGAACUCAGCAAACACUCCCCAGGUUGUCGCUGGUUUGUUAGAUGUCGACUGUGAUGAGAACAUCAUUAAGAAUUUGUUGAUGUCCGUCUUGGGCAGAGUUCCUCUCAAGGAAUUGGUUGAGGAAGUCGAGAAGAGAAACAGAUUGAAGAUUUUGUUGCCAUUUUUGGAAAAGACUUUGGAGGGUGGUUCAUCUGACCAGGAAGUUUACAACACCUUGGCCAAGAUUUACAUUGACUCCAACAACAGCCCUGAAAAGUUCUUGCAAGAGAAUCAGCAGUAUGAUACCUUGUCUGUCGGUAGAUACUGUGAGAAGCGUGACCCAUACUUGGCAUACAUCGCCUACUCCAAGGGUGGAAAUGAUGACGAGUUGAUCAACAUCACCAAUGAGAACAAGAUGUACAAGUAUCAGGCCAGAUACUUGUUGGCCAAGUCCGACUUUGAUUUGUGGGCCAAGGUCUUGAACCCUGACAACGAGUACAGAAGACAAUUGAUCGACCAGGUCGUCUCGACUGGUAUUCCUGAGUUGAGCGACCCAGAGGCAAUCUCUGUCACUGUGAAGGCUUUCAUGGAGAAUGACUUGCCACAGGAGUUGAUUGAACUUUUGGAGAAAAUUAUCUUAGAGCCUUCUCCAUUCAAUGACAACACUUCCUUGCAAGGUUUGUUGCUCUUGACUGCUAUUAAGGCUGACUCCACUCGUGUCGCUAACUACAUUGAGAAGCUUGACAAGUUUGAUCCAAACGAGAUUGCUCCUUUGUGUAUCGACAAUGACUUGUUUGAGGAGGCAUUCGAAAUCUACGAUAAAUUCGAGCAAAGAACCGAUGCCAUGAAGGUCUUGGUCGAGGACAUCAUGUCCCUUGACAGAGGUGAGCAGUACGCUGAGAAGCACGACACCUCUGAUUUGUGGUACCAAUUGGGUACUGCUCAAUUGAAUGGUUUGAGAAUCCCUGAAGCCAUCGAUUCUUACAUCAAGUCUAAGAACCCACAGAACUUCCAGCAAGUUAUUGAAAUUGCCGAGCGUGCUGGUAAGGAAGAUGAAUUGGUUCCAUUCUUGGACAUGGCCAGAGAAACUUUGAGAGAGCCUGCUAUUGAUAAUGCUUUGAUCAACUGUUACGCUAACGCUGACAGAUUGACUGAUAUUGAGAAGUUUGUCGCUGGUCCUAACGUGGCCGUCUUGGAGGAAAUUGGUGACAAGUUGUUUGAAGCUAAGAACUACAAGGCUGCCAAGAUUUUGUAUUCUAACAUCUCGAAGUACUCUAAGUUGGCUACCACUUUGGUUUACUUGGAGGACUACCAGUCUGCUGUCGACUGUGCUAGAAAGGCUUCAAACACUCAGGUCUGGAAGCAGGUUAACAGUGCAUGUAUUGAGAACAAGGAAUUCAGAUUGGCCCAGAUUUGUGGUUUGAACUUGAUCAUUGAUGCUGAGGAAUUGCCUGAGUUGGUUAAGACUUACGAGUUCAAUGGUUACUUCGAUGAAGUCAUUGCCCUUUUCGAGAGUGGUUUAGGUUUGGAAAGAGCCCACAUGGGUAUGUUCACUGAGCUUGCCAUUCUUUACACCAAGUACAAGCCUGAAAAGGUCAUGGAGCACUUGAAGUUGUUCUGGUCUCGUAUCAACAUUCCAAAGGUGUUGACUGCUUGUGAGUCUGCUCAUCUUUACCCUGAGUUGAUCUUCUUGUACUGCCAUUACGAGGAAUGGGACAAUGCUGCCUUGACUAUGAUGGACAAGUCCGAAGUUGCUUUCGACCAUUCAUCUUUGAAGGAGAUUAUUGUCAAGGUUUCCAACUUGGAGAUCUACUACAAGGCCAUCAACUUCUACUUGAAGGAGAACCCAACUCUUUUGGUUGACUUGAUGUCUGUCUUGAUUCCAAAGCUUGAUCUUCCAAGAGUGGUCAGAAUGUUCGUUAAAUCUGACAACCUUCCAUUGAUCAAGCCAUUCUUGAUCUCUGUCCUCGACAAGAACAACUCGAUUGUCAACGGUGCUUAUCACGAUCUUUUGAUCGAGGAAGAGGACUACAAGUCCUUGCGCUCUGCCAUUGAGUCUGAAUCCAGCAACAGAUUCAACUCUUUGGACUUGGCCGAAAGAUUGGAGAACCACGACCUUAUCUUCUUCCGUCAAAUUUCUGCUACCUUGUACACCAAGAACAAGAAGUUUACUAAGUCCAUCCAGAUUUUGAAGAACGAUAAAUUGUGGGCUGACCUUAUCAAGACUGUUGCUAUUUCCAAGUCUACCAAGCUUGCACACGAGCUCUUGGACUACUUCGUGGAGACUGGUAACCACGAAGGCUUUGUUGCUCUCUUGUACAGUGCUUACUCGUUGAUUGAAUAUGAUUACGUGGUUGAGUUGGCCUGGUUGCACAACUUGGGCAACUUCAUUAAGCCAUACGAGAUUUCCGUGACGUACGAGAACCAAAAGAAGUUGAAGGAGGUUUACGAAGAUUUGGAGAAGAGAAGAGCGGCUGAACGCAAUGAUGACGAGCCUGCCGCUGGGCAGCCAUUGAUGAUCACUAGCGGUGCUGGUUUGGGAGUGAACAACACCGGCUUGGGAUACCAGCCAACUGGCGCUGGUUUUGGCAAUGCCUUUUAA